AUGGGUCCUGGAGUGGGGUCCCCCCAGGGGGUGGGGGGGGGGGGAGGCUGGUGGGGGGGGGGCUUGGGGAGAAGACCCCCCUGGGGGUCCCUUCUAUCUCUGGGCCUCCCCCCUCUGGGCCUCCCUUUCUUUGGCCUCCCCCUCCGUCCCCUGGCCCUCUUCGCUGGGGCCCUCCUCCCCCUCUUGGCCUCCUCUCCUGGCCCCCUCUCUCCUGGGGGCCACUCUCUUCUGGGCCUUUUCCUCUGGCCUCUCUCUGGGUCCUCUCCUCUGGGGCCCCUGCUACUCUGGGUCCCUCUCUCUGGCCUCCCUCCUCCUGGGCCUCUUCCCCUCCUGGGCCUCCCUCCCCCCCCUGGCCUCUCCCCUCUGGGGCCUUCCCUCUCCCCGGCCUCUCUUCUGGCCGCUCUCUGGGGCCUUUCCUCUGGGGGGCCCCCUCUCCUCCUGGGUCCCCCCUCCCCUCUCUGGCCCCUCAUCUCUGGCCUCUCCUCUGGCCUCUACUUCCUGGCCUCCUCUUCUGGGCCUCUUCCCUCCUGGUCCUCCUUCCUCCUGGGCCCCUCUGCUCCCUGGUCCUUCCCUCCUCUUCUGGGUCCCUCCCUCUCUGGGUCCCCUCUCAUCUGGUCUCCUCCCUCCCCUUUGGCCCCCCUCUUCCCUCUGGCCUUCCCUCUCUGGGCCUCCCACUGCCCUCCCCUCCUGGAUCUCUCCCCCUUUGGGGGGGUCUAA